GGUGACUAAUCUCGAUUAUUUUAUCUCGUUGUGUGUCGCUGCGAUAUCAUGUUCAGAGUUCAGAUUCUUCAGAAGACUAUUACGAGAUCUCAAGCGAGAUGUCACACGACUUCGACCACUUUUUCGACAACUUCAAGAGCCGAGCGAUGAGCACAGGCACGCUCCUGCUGGCGCUAGCGCUUCUGGCGCUGCUGGUGGCGCUGGUGGCCUGCUGCUGCCGCCGGCGUAAGGCGCAGGGGCAGGUGCUGACACCCCCGCCGCCCGCGCCGCCGGGGCCCCUGCAAGCCGUGCAGGCGCCCUACCCACAGCAGCAAUACGCGCCUGCACCUUACCCUGUUGCUACAUCGUAUCCGACACAAUCGGCCGCACCGUAUCCGGUGGCCGCACCGUAUCCGGCGGCCGCACCGUAUCCGGCGGGCGCGCCGUAUCCAGCGGCGGCGCCGUAUCCGGCGACCGCGGGCCCCAUGCCCGUGCCGGGCGGCGGCUACCCGGCGCCGUUCCCGGCCCCGUAUCCCAGCGCGACUCCGUACCCGGCCGCCCCGUUCCCGCAGCCGCACGCCGACGCGCACCACCCGACCGCACCUAGCGCGCCAGAGGCUCAUGCAUUCUUUGGCGUGCCGCCGCCAGGCUGGAUGCCGCCAGCGUUGCCGCCGUCGUACGAGCAGGCGACGGGAACCAAGAACCCUCCGUACCCCAUGCACUAAACGGCGACGCCACGCUCACUACCGGCCUGUGUGUGUCGUCGCACCGCACCGGCGCCGCACGAAAUACGUCCUCCCGUUUCAAGGCUCUCCUAACUCUCCUUACAGGGAUUUUCUCUAGAAAUUACUUAGUUUUGUAUCGUUUAUUUUUAUUGUAAUCCCGCUGAUUGAGUUGAAGUGUACCUGAAUAGGGGCGUAGCUAGAAAAUGUUUGAUUUUAGAAGUAUAGCACGCGCAUACAGUGUGUUUCCAGAAAGCGU